AUGUCAGUGGAUUACCAAGGUAAAUUUUUGCAAAAAAUAAUUCCCGAAAUCAAUAAAACUAAAGAAUAUAUACAAAUUGGUCCUGAAGAAUUAUGUAAAGAUACAUAUUUAAUACAUAUUUUUCUGGCAACCCCGACAAACUUGAGCAUUGUAAGUACUGAAACUAAAGUAAAGAUCCACAGUUGUGAAGAAAAUUUUUGUAACUAUUCAUUAUUUUACAAUAUUUGUGGAAUUAACAUUACCACAAAGAAAUUUAAAUUGGAUGCUAAUGGCAAAAGUGAAUUUCAAGAAAAAACAGUUUUAAAAAUUCGAUCAAGUUUGAGAUAUUUAAGAGAAUAUUUUAAUCAAGUACAAGUCCUUAAAAUUUGUUUAUUUUUGGAAAACGUUGAAAUAGGUUGUUGCCAAACAAAAAUCAAUGAUAUUAUAUACACAGAUGAGCUAUCAGAAUUUGUUAUAAAUAGUAAACAUAAUUCAUAUGCUGUAUGUAAAUGCGACAUCAGCUAUUUUUCGAACAAUGAUGGUGAACUCAUUAAAGAUGCUUAUUUGAAAACUGGAAUUAGCAUCAAAUAUAUGCACCCUUCUGACGAAACUGUAGAUUAUAAAAAUAUUACAAGUAAUUUAUCCGCAGAGCAAAACAUAGAAUAUUCAGAAGCAGAAAGUGAUCCAAUGUCCAUAUUACAAUUAGGAAAUGUCAAUAGCGUAAGUGAUAAUAUAGGAAAAAAUGGAUUUGAUCGUCUAAUGCCAGAUAGUACAUAUAGUACAGAUAGUACAAAAAUGAAGACUGAAUUCAGAAGUAUGUGUAUUUCUCAAACACAUGAGAAGCCUCCCCAUCAAAAUUUAGCUUCCAGCAAAUAUUUAUUGGAAACAAUAACAGAGGAAUCUAAUGCGACAGGCAUCAGUACAAAUUUCAUCAUCAAGAAAGGCGGCGGAGACAAAGUGGAGCAAAAUAAGUCAAAUGAACAUAUCUCUAUUAAGAUAGUUGAAGAGCUGGAAGACUGGAAAGAAAAGCAACAGGAAAUGUUUCUUGCAGAGCUUAAAAAAAAGGAGGAAAAGCACUUAGGUCAUUUAUCAUCUGAGUGGUAUAAGAAGCGGACCGAAAUUGAAUCUCAAUUGAAAAAGAAAAUAGAACACAGUCGAUCUUUAGCAGUUGCAUUAGAAAAGGCGAACAAUGAUGCAAAGACAGCUGGUAUCAAAAAUAUUGAUACUGAAAAACAGCUUAUAAAAGCUAAAGAGGAUUUGGAAAGGCAGUACAACUUACAAUAUAUGGAUUUGAAAGAAGCAGCACGAAGACUAGAAGAUGAUUUAAACCACAAAUUAUCACAGGCAAGCUCUGUUAAAAAUGAAUUAACAGAAAAAAUACAAAAUCUACAAAAGGAGAACAAGAGAUUGCAAGAACAAAUUGCAAAGCAGCAAGAAGAUUAUGAAACAAUAAAGAAAACAUCUCUGAAUAAAGAACAGACGGCGACACUUGUGCAUCAAUUGAAAACAACAUAUGAAAAGUUACUAGAAGCACAAAAAUCUAAAGCGUUUUUCAAAGAUCAAUGGGCUCGAGCAUUAAGAGAAGUACAUAGAAUCAAGUCAGACCAGCAACAGAAUAUAAAUGUGCAAAUAAAGAAAAAUAAAGCUAUUGAUCUCAAAACACUUUUAAGCGAACAAGAGAGUGCACGUUUUGAUAACAAAGAGCUUCAAGAUAUAUCUCGAAGAUUGCAAUCAUUUAGCACAGACUCCAGCAAUCAAAGUUCAACUUGUGAUUUUAAGGAAUGCCAAUAUUUAGGAACAGGCAAUUUGUCAACAGUUCUCAAUGGGAUGGAUUAUUUUCGAACUGGUUUUUCUAGCAGAUCGAGUACAAACACGGAAGAUUCCGAUAGCGACAAUAUGGAAGCUAGACAAAUACUCAAGAAUUAUGAGGUAAAUCAUAUCGAAUCCGAAGAUGAAUGA